AAGGUGUGUCGUCGCGUCGCUCUCCGACAGACGUCGACAAAGUGCGACAUCGAUACAGUGAAACACAUCUACCGUUCCGCGCACCAGGUUACAUCUCAAAACGCUCACCCAUACUGUUCCGAGUCAGCUUGUAAGUGGCUGAAUUCCGAACAGAGACCGGUCAUCUCCGAAGACGGUCACCCAAACGCAUCGAGGCCAGUUCCACGUCGCUUAACUUCAACCCAAAAUAAUCAUUGAAACGUUUCUUCAUAAGUUCCUUUGUUGUUUUACUGUUCGUAAAUUGUCUGAAAUCGUAAUUUUGUUAACUUAAGACAUAAUCAUCUUAAGAGAGUGAAUCCUCUGAAAUCGUAACUUUGAUCAUUUUGACGCUGUGAAUCCUGUUUCAAACUUCGCCCAACCCUGAGAGAUUGUACAUUUGUAAGAUUCAUUGAUUGGUUGAUGGAUUCAAUCAUUCCCCUCUUCAUUAUUUACGAUUGUCUUUAAUAUGUCAUGCAAGAACCAUUGCACACGAAUCAGUAGUUCAGAUUCCAUAACGAAACUACUUGUAUAAAUACGAUCAAAACAUAUUCCAGCUAAAAUACUUUACGCCCGAAUCCUCUACAAAACGGUAACAAAACUUGUACUAUACAUAACGAUUUGCUGCUAGUUCUCUCGCCGCUAGACUCACAAUAAAAUUGUUGCAAAAAGGUGAAGAAACUCGGAGUGUUAACAUUUUCAUGAAAACGGUCACCUCAAGUCUUCAAACCAGUGCCAACGUCGUUUAACGCUGAACAGUUUGCAUAAAAUUGAGGAAACAUUUCUUUGAUUGGGGAUACUUUCCGUGAUACUUGACUUUCCACAUUGUAAGCUUAUUUCUCUCAAUUUUACUGAGAAUUUUAAUCUUAAAACACAGACAUUGACUAGCCAUCAACUUGAAAAUGGACGGGUAUCUUCUCUAAGCUUGUUCAAUACGAGAAUGAUCUCCAUCAUCUAGAUACAAGCUUCAUCAAGAUGGCAACAAGCUUUGGAGGUCCCGCUAGAAGAGACUGGAAAAAGAGACUCAGCCUGAGAGUUGCCCGGAGGCCGACUUUCGAUGAGUCAGGACCGGGCAGCCUAUGGUGGUCGAGACGUUGUGCCAGCCUGAAGCAGAGAGGCGGCGCCGGGGGCGGCGAGUUCACAGGUGCGUCUAGCGGCGCCAGCUCCGGGGGCGGUUCAGCCGGAGGCGGCGAGGCAGGACGAUGCACGCCAACAAGCGCUCUGCUGUCUCAGUGUGAAUCGGGCCAGGCCACACCCCCCUCCCGACCCUCGCCGCAUCCACCGCCCCCGCAGCGAAAGUCCAACUGGGAGGUCAUCGAGCACAACGGAGGAUAUCUCAGGAGGCAGUCGCUCAUGAGUCGAGGAGACAGCAUCCGGGAAGAGGUGGAGGGAGAAGCGGCAAGCUGCGUGAGUGGAGGGGGAAGACACGAGUCGCUGCUUCAACUGAGGAGGGGCUCCUCCUACCCAGAGACAGUGCUCGUGCCGAGGGAGAUCAGCUGUGCAGCGGAGGAGUACUCCUGUUGGAGGAGGCUGCUUGCCAAGCUCAGCUCCGCCCAUGCCUUCUCCAAUCUGCAGGUGGAAAUGCUGUACCAGCGUUACUUUCUGCGUACUAACCAAAGUCACCUGACACACCUGUUAGGUCUCCUGGCAGCGCUUGCUUCGCUUCUGGGGGGUUGGCAGCUGGUGGGGGGGCUGUCACCCCCUUCACAGUCACCUGCCUCCCUUCUCGCGAACGCCCCCCUCCUAGCCGCAAUCGCAUGUCUCAUCACAUAUUCCGGUCUGGUAGCUGUACUAAUGCGACCAGCGUUGAACGAGAUCUACCUCUUGGCAGCAAGCUAUGUAGUGGUGGGCACAUUCGCCUCCCUGCAAUUAGCCCUGGCCGUGGGUCGAAUGGGUCCUCCCCUCUGGACAGCUGUCUUCUUCGUCUACAUCACCUAUGCGCUGUUGCCAGUUCGCCUCAGGGAAGCGCUGCUCGCCGGAGUGCUAUUGGCAACACUACAGCUGGCUUGCACGGCGCAUCUACAUGACUGGAAUGAGAUAGCGUCAGUGGGCCUGAUUCUAGCGAGCACAAAUCUGGCUGGAGCAAUGACUCACUAUCCCAGUGAACAGUCCAAGCGCCAGGCAUUCCUUGAGACAAGGCAGUGCAUUGAAGCCAGGCUCACCAGGCAGCGCGAAAACCAAAAACAGGAGCGACUUCUGCUGUCAGUGUUGCCACGUCACGUUGCCAUGGAGAUGAAGGCUGACAUUGCAGGGAAGCCGCAGGACUCCAUGUUCCACAAGAUCUACAUUCAGAAGCACGAGAAUGUCAGGUUGGUAUUACUGUACCCCGAAUGCAUCUCACACUUCUCACUAUUCAUUUCACUGCAUUCAUUCAGGCAUUCUAUUGAAAUAUUGAUGAAUUUAUUUUAAAAUAUUUCUACUUGUGUUAGGUUUGACAGACUAGCGCAGGAGCACUACUGUUUGAGGAUCAAACUGCUGGGAGACUGCUACUACUGCGUGUCAGGCUUGCCUGAGCCGAGACCCGAUCAUGCGCACUGCUGUGUCGAAAUGGGCCUUGACAUGAUUGAUGCCAUUGCGUUGGUUCGCGAAGUGAUGGGUGUGAACGUGAAUAUGCGUGUGGGGAUCCACACAGGGCGUGUACACUGUGGCGUGUUGGGCCUGCGGAAAUGGCAGUUCGAUGUCUGGUCCAAUGACGUCACACUUGCUAAUUACAUGGAGAGCGGAGGCAUACCUGGCCGCGUUCAUAUAACAAAAGAAACACUGAAAUGUCUGGAUGGAGCAUACGAUGUUGAGCCAGGCAGAGGCGGAGAAAGAAAUUCCUAUUUGAGAGAUCACAACAUCGAAACUUUUCUUAUUGUUCCUGGAAACACUAGUCAAACCUCGUUGAAAAAGCCCUCAGGUUACUCGAUGAAUGGAAGUGUGGCGAAAGAACUGAGAGUCAUGGGCCAUACGGGGCAGGCUAAACAUCAUAAGCUGAAAUUCGGCGAAAGUGUGGAGCUGAAAGACCCCGAGGAUGAAGUGAACGAUUAUCUGAUGAAAGCGAUUGAUGCUCGAAGCAUCGACCAUUUGAGAGCCGAACACUGUCAGACAUUCAUGCUCAGGUUUAGAGAUCCAAAGAUUGAAGAGAAGUACACGACAGAAAGAGACAGAAUGUUGUCCAUAUACUUCGUAUGCUCUCUCCUUUUAUACCUCACAGUUAUUGCUGUUCAGCUCAUUAUAUUUCCACACUCGUUAAUGAUGUACAUAUUUUUUGUCGGAGGAUGGACAGUUGUAAUGUCAGUCAACAUUCUGAUACUAGCCGAAAAUAGUAAGAGACGUUGGCUGAAUUGUUUGAAGAAUGUGUCACAAAGGCUGCACAGAAAUCGUACUAUAACUCAGUUCCUGGCCUCAACAGUAGUCAUAGCCACUUUCACUGUUGCAAUUGUUCCUAUGAUUGAUUCUGAAAAAUGGAUGCACAGAAACGAGACAGUUAUUGUAAGUCUUCAGAACUUGAGCUCCAGUAAUUCGACUGACGAUCUAGAUGAGCUCGAUGAUCAAGUCGAUGUCAUAUACAGAGAGGUGCCACAAACAUAUCUAUCUGACCAUUUAUUGAACUGCGUGCUGUUGGCAAUGCUGACGACUGCAGUUUUCCAGGUGCUGGCCAGUCCAGCCAAACUUUUUCUUCUUCUACUCAUUUCGGUGUCUUAUGUUGCUCUGUUCCUGCUAUCACCACUUGUCAGUUACAUGGAGACGUCAGCGAAAUGUUUAACAGUGGUCGUUUUGGUGGGCUUUGUCUCGGCAUUAGCAAUCCACAGCCAGCAGACUGAAGCCACUUACAGGCUUGAUUUCCUUUGGAAGCUGCAAGCCACAGAGGAGAAGGAAGACAUGGAACAUUUAGAAGCCUACAACCGAAAGCUGUUGGCCAAUAUUCUACCUGAGCAUGUGGCUGAGCACUUCUUGUCCAGCGAUAAGCAUGCCGACGAGUUAUACCACGAGCAGUGCGAAUUCGUGUGCAUUCUGUUCGCGUCGAUUCCGAACUUCAGCGAGUUCUACGUGGAGCUGGAGGCGAACAACGAGGGUGUCGAGUGUCUUAGGCUGCUCAACGAGAUAAUCGCUGACUUCGACGAAAUACUCGCCGAGCCGCAGUUCACCUGCAUCGAAAAGAUCAAGUCGACGGGCGCCACCUAUAUGGCCGCUUCAGGUCUGACGCGGACGACAUGUGACAUGCAGAGCAUGAAUCACGUGACAGCAAUGGCCGACUAUGCGCUCAGGAUAAAGGAGCAGCUCGCUUAUGUCAACGAGCACUCAUUCAACAAUUUUCGAGUCCGCAUAGGUAUAAACAUAGGUCCCGUGGUGGCUGGUGUAAUAGGGGCACGGAAGCCGCAGUACGACAUAUGGGGCAAUGCUGUUAACGUUGCUAGUCGAAUGGACUCAACUGGUAUUCUGGAUAGGAUACAGGUGACAGAAGAGGUAAAACAGGUGCUCGAGCAGAAAGGCUAUCCGCUCACCUGCAGAGGUCAAAUAGAGGUCAAAGGCAAGGGCACAAUGGUCACCUACUUCCUCAACGGCUAUGCUGAUAAGUCCAAUGCCAAAGAAAUAUUUUAAAUACACAAAAUUCCAGGAAACAGUGGAAUAAAUGCUCUUAUUAUAUUUUCCCAAAGGCUGUAUUCUGAUAAGUCAAAUUCCAAAGAAAUAAGAUCACAAAAAUAAAUAGAUAAACAAAUAAAUAAUGUAGAUUCACAUAAAAAAUCAAAUAACGUGUUCUCAAGGCAAGGGCACAAUGAUCCUCAACAAUGAUGUUAACAAGUCAAAUUCCAAAGAAGUUUUGUAAACUCACAAAUUAAUUUUCAUGGGUGAAAGGGACCAAAGGUCUCAUAUUCUCUCAAUAGCUAUGCUGACAAAUCAAUAAAUGCCAAAGAAAUAUUGUGAAUCCAUUAAAAAAUCAAAGAGAUUUAAACCAAAGUCAAAUACUGGACACAAGAGCGUCUUGUUAUAGUUGAGGAAAUCCAUUAUUCUUGGUGAGAUACGUUUAUACUUGUGAAAAAGUGUAUGAGAAAUUCUUAUAAUAUGGUAUACAAGAUGUAUGAGGGAUUUGUAUGAAGAACAAGAUAGCAGUAUGAUCUGACAAUACUUGAAUGCACAAUCUUAUACAGAUUGAAAAGGCUACCUGAGAGUAAACUUUUGGGAUAAUUAUCAAAAAUUUAAUCCAUUAUGAGAUAAUUGUUGGGAUCUCAGUGUAUCAUAAAACACUGAAAUUAAUCAAGAAAUUUUUUUAGCAUUAGGAAUAUGUUUGUUUCAGCUUCAAUGUGAUAUAUGUUUCAAAUCUGAAGUUCCAGUUACAAUUAAAAGUUAUAUGAUAUAUACCUUUUAGGUUGGUAUAUUAUAUUGUCCUGAAAAUGAUUGAUACUCAUAACAGAGAUAUGUACCGUAUUUGAAACGAAUUUACUGUGUAGUGCUAUUGAAGAAAUGUAUGUUAGAUACUGUAUGAUAUAUGUAAUCUAUACUAUAUAUUAAUGUAUUCUACUGUGAUCUGAUGUGUUUCCUACAUUUUAUUUUAUUAGGUUGGAUAUUUUUUCUCUUUUUCGAGGAAUUUAUAUAGAUCAUCAACCAAUUUAGAAAGUGGUUGACCUUACAGAUAGAGCUAUAUUCGCGCACAGAAAAGUUGAGCGGAGAGUUCUCGGUUCUCUUAUUGGAAGGGUGUUCGACUGUGGACUGCUCAGAUAACCAAUAGUUAUAUAUAGACUUUAAAAUAACUUCCUGGUGGUUCAGAACCCAUCUUAUCAGGUUCAAUCAUAGUCCAAGCACAAGUCUAGGGCUUAUGUGAGCAUCAUCCUCACUGAAACGAAAUACUGCAAAGAUUCAAAGCUUUCAACUAGACUUAUGAAUCAUGAUAUAAAAUAAAUAGUAUAACAUACAGGAAAAUCAUAUAAUGUUAAAUAAUAUUUAACAUUAUUACCUAUCCUCAUCUUCCUUGGAGUUAUGAAUCUAUUAUAUUUUUUUCUUUACAUUUCUUACUGGCUGUGAAACUGUGAACUAAGAUAGGAAUUGUGAAUGAGCUGAUUUAUUGUUUCACUGUAAUCUGGUUCACAAUAACUAAAACAGUGACAACUGUAAUAACAGUUGACUGUAAUAACUGUGACAACUGGUCUGCUGUGAACAGUAAAAAAUAUAUAUCAAACAGAAGUCUUCGUCUUGUAUGUUUAGGCUUCCAUAUCAUUAUUAUAGAUGUAGACUUCUACAAUAGAUUAAUUAAAAUAAAUAUUAAUUACAACUACAUUUUUUGUUAUAACGUUAAUUCAUUCUACCUAUGAUCGUUUAAACUGACUUGAUUUUGUAGAUUUACAAGCAUGAUAUAAUAUGCUUAUAUGAUUAUGAGUACCGUAGUUGUAGGCUAUUCUAUGCUUAUGAUUCAUCAUUAGACAAAAAUACAACUAUUCAAUAAGAGUAUGUCAGAAUCGAACAUCAAGUGACGACUUUAUUGGACAACUAUAGAUAAACGAUAAUUCUGUUAUGUGAGCGAAAUCCUGCUCCCGUAAACGCUCUCUUCCAUAAUAAACGUUUCUAAUCUUCAAUAAUUGGCUACAUGUAUGAAAUAUCGAUUGUAACAUUGGUAGAUACACUAUUCUGAUGUAAUUGUCCAUUUUUGCAUUAGAUUUUUAUUAUUCAAACCAGGAAAAUUAAUCAAAAUAAAAUAGGACCCCAUUUUUUGUUUGUAAAAAGCUUGUGGAAAACUAUAUAAAAUAUUGUAACUACACUGGAUGGUGCUGUAAAAUUACUUAUCAUAAUGAAAAUAGAUUAAUGGAUAAGUGAAUGAAGUAUAUGGUAUUUUUCUAUUCAGAAAUUAUUAAUUUCCAAGAGAUAUAUUGGAGAGUUCAUCAGUGUAGAAUGUAUCUUGGCGUAGGGUAUGUGAAAGUGUAGAAGCUACUCGAUCUUUUAGCUACUGUGUUUGUAAUGAAUUGUAAUUUUUAAGUAUUUUUCCAAUUAAUUUUAAAGUGACAAACAUGAAUUGAAACACAGUUUCUUCAUUUUCUUCACAGCUUCUCAAUUCUCUACAAAUUAGUUACUGUACUUAAUUUAUCAAAUUUUGGUUAGGAUGUCACAUGAAACUACAGGUUUAUUGAAAUUGGAAUGAAUGUAUGUUCAUAUUCACCGUUCGUAUUUUGUUAACCUUCCGGCAGUCGCGCCCUACUCAAUCACACGAGCAGUCGCGUGUUGUAUUUUUUACAACAUCCAAUUUUCCAAGUGUUACGUACUCUGUUUACAGUCAAAACUUAUUAAUUAAUUAAUUAUAUAAUUACUUUUUCCUACAGUUACCUUGAAAAGUGACAAUUCCUGCACUGAUUGCAGAACGCAAAGAUUCACUUUUCCGCUCUAGUGCGGGAAAAAUUUUUCUGCACUCCAGAUUUGCAACAUGGCAACACAAAAUAGUUGGUGGGUUAUAUGGAGGAUUAGUGCACGAAAACAAAAAUUGAGUUGGUAACAAUGACUGUGGUUAGAUUUAGAUAAGAAUCAUUUCAAUGGCUACCCUACAUUUAUGAUAAAAUAUCAAUAUAGGAAUCCAAAACAAGAAAUCAUAAUUGAAUAAUCAUCAUUUAUGAAUUCUCAUCAUUUAAUAAUAAAUAAUAGUUCUCUUCUAUUGAUAAUUAUUAUUUCAACUGCAAGCAAUGAGAAAAGUAGCAAAUAUACAUUAAAAAAAUUCGAAUUUUGAGGUUAAAUGAUUAUAUUUGUAUGAUUACCAUUCAUUUCAUAGCCCAAUAAGGUACAUCAACCAAAGUCAUCAAUUCUGUGUUAUUGGUUCGUAGACAGUCUUUCCCAAUCUUAUGCACAGUGCGACUUAUGCACUGUCACGACUAAAUGGCACCUAAAGACUGAACCAUUGCUCGGUUGAUACUGCAACUCAGUGGAGUGAUGGGGGGGAAAGUUUUGAAAUGCAUAGGUGACUCAUUCACUGACACCACCCCAUUCAAUAGUUUUGGGCAGCAAAAAAACUGACACUGUUGUACUUUUUACAAGAGCGCGACUGCCGGAAGGUUAAUAUUUUCUCAUGUUUUAAAAAAAUAGCGUCUUCCUCUUUACGGUUUUCCAAAAAAUACAGGGGUAAUUUGAUGAAUGUAGAAUGUGUGGUAUUAUAUACAUUAAUUGUAUUAGAAAGGCCUACUAAUACUUCUUGCACAGUAGGUAGGCUAUAAAUGUAAGUGUACAGUUGCAUCGAAUAUUUUUGUUUUACAAGAUUAAAUACUUUUACAAGAUUGAAUACUGUAUAAUAUUCAUAGCUUAAUAUCUUCAUAGUUUGUGAACUGUUUGGUAACGUUAUCAAAUAUAUCAUAUCCUGUGUAUGAAACCCACACAUCUAUAACAUUUAUUCUCAUAUUAUAGCUCACAAUAUAUGAUGAUAGAAACAUGCAGUUUCACAAAAAUAUUCAUAAGUUUCAAUUUGGAACAUGUACCGUAAGUAUACAUACUGUUCUAAAUGUGUAAUAUUUCUUGAAUACAUCAGAACAAUCCAACCAUCAAGAAUAAUUUCAAACACUAUCUAGAGGAAAUACACUUAUCAUUGUAUAUUCGUCUCUGUAAAUAGGUGUUUGUAACUUUUAUAAAAUACAAGACGUGUAUAUUGUACAUAUGUAGUGUGAGUUAAUCAGUGUAUAAAGAAUGUAAAUAAAUGAAGACUAUCAGCUUCUACGUAUCGGAGAAUAUUUUACAUACAGAGGCCCGGUUGCACAACAGUCGGUUAAAUUUUAACCGAGAUUAAUUUCACGAGAACCAAUCGGAGAAGGCUUUUUUGAAAAGACGGCUUCUCUGAUUGGUUCUCGUGGAAUUAAUCACGGUUAAAAUUAACCGGUUUUUGUGCAACCGGCUCAGAGUGAUACAAAACUACACAGUAAUCUCUUAGGUUAUUCUAUAGCUGAAAAUGAGAGAAAAGUUUCAUAUAUAAAUAGAGGAAUAAAAUUUGUUCCAGAGCUGUGUAAUACUUUAUAAUACGUACGUUAACAACGAUACUUUCAAAGAUAUCUUAAGAUACUAUUUUGCACAGAUGGAAAUAACUGAGAUAUUGCAAUUAUUCAAAUGCUAAUGAAUUAAUUAUUAUUAUUAAACGAAAAUCCAAAUUAGAUGCUGUAAUUC